AUGCAGCUUGGCAGCACCUCCCUCUCGCAUACUAAGAGCCUCGCAAACCCCAGGCAUUCCAGAACUUCUAACUACUGUACUGCCACCACUGUUAGAACACCUCCUUCACGAAGUAGGGGCAUGAGAGAUAUCAUUGCGGUAAGUCUCCUAAUCAAAGACAUCAUCCGCUCCCUUGGCGACUGUCGCGGUUCCUCCAAGGAAUACCAGGAUCUAGUGCAUAGCCUCAGCAUCUUGGACGAGACUCUGCACCAGGUGGAUCAAAUCGUUCGCAAUCCGCGGCGGACGAGUGCCGACAAGGUUCUCUGCUCUAUAGCUUUAAAGCGUCUACAACAAAUCCGAGCAUUUCUCCACAGCUUCAACAGCCAACUUGAAAAGUUCCGUUCCAGUCUCGCCCCCGGAGGGUCCGGCGACCGCCUCAAAGAUGCAGCGAGGAGGAUCCAGUUCAAGCUCGAAGGGAAAGACAUUGAGAAAACAAAGGAGAAGAUAACGGGCCAUACUGUCGAACAAAACUACGAAGAGCUACAGACGACGAGCCGGUCCUUGCAAGAGCAGCUCAAGGACCUAGGACGGCAAGUUAUUGCGAAGAUUACCUUUUUAGCCCAUGUAGCGCUGGACAUCAAGAGAUCCACGUCACAAGUUGCUUCCACGGUCUUUUCAAUGUCUAGAGAGCUGGCGAGCUUCCGCUCCUUGCUCACGACACUGGAACGACCACCGAUCGACGAGUACUUCACAUUUGAGGAUGCUUUAGGAAGGGUUUUCCCAAUCCACCUAAGGACCAUCACCUCAUGGGAUGCCUUUUCGUUCGUACUCAGCGAGAAGUUCAAGGGGGGAAGAGGCGCCCGGCGGGUUCGCCACAGGCGGUACAAACUCCUCGAUCGCGCGACUGGGCGAGAGAUCGAGCAAGGGGGAAGCUGGGAAAGGACAUUCCUGCCAUACCGGAGGAUCGAUAUGAGUCUUCUUUGUCGAGAUACCGAGCUUUCCGCCACCGAAGCCGGCCGUCUUGCUACUUGUCCCUGGUGCAAGGCUCAAUCGAGCGGGGAUACGAGCGUUCAAGUCCGCUGUCAAAACUGCAACAUGUUUUACACACGAGUAGUAGAGCUGGAUGAUAUAGGACUUCCUUCGCCACCAGCCAAUAUACGCGAAGCUCGCCGGUUCGGCCAACUUUCCUUUAACAUGGAUGUACCCCUCGAUUGGGAUCGGAACCGCGGGAGAAAGCGACGCCUUGGUGAUGGAAUCUCUGACGACAAUGACAGCGACGAUUAUGAGUCUGACGACGAGGAUUUAAGCGGUCUUGUUCGAGUUACCGUCAUCUCAAGGCGAAAGAAAAUCAAGGUUUUCGAAGGACCACUCACAGGCGAUCACUCGUCUCCGACGGUGACUUCUUUUAGAACUUUGUCUUCCGAAACGACCACGACCACAAAAUCGACUGGAGCAAACUUCCUCGCGUCACUGAGCUCUACUCCCCAGCAAGGAGCACAGCAAGUCUCCGGACUACCGACUGACGCAACACCAACGCUAUGCCCAGGGGUCCAACCUCCUCACAGCGACCUUCCACACAUAGACGAUCCGGAAGACGUCUUACGAAGGAUAAACGAGGAUCUCGCCACCCGUCUGGCCAUUCUACUGGCACCGAAGCUAGAAGAGUACCCAUGGGAGGAUUCCGAAGCCCAUUUGAGGCUCGAAGCCGAGGAUCUUGUCGCAAGGUUCGCGCCCCACCUUAUCCAGUCCUAUCAUGGGGACCGGGACCAAGAGAACAUCGAGUCCUAUCCCUGGGACUGGGAGAAAGAAGGCACAAGUGACUCGCAAGUGCUGAUCGAGGACACAGUGGCUUAA